CCCGAAAGAUUUAAGUUUAAUCAUUGCUGUCUGUGUGUACGAGAACAUGAAUGCAGAGGACCAUGGAUGUCAAAAGUGGGCAUCAAAUCCCGGAGGAGGAGUUACAAGGUGGUUGUGAGUCCUUGAACCUUAGUGCUGGGUCCUCUGCCAGAACAGUGAGUGCGUGCUCUGAGCUGCUCAGUCACCUUUCUGCUGCAAGACCAAGGAACUUAAAUACAGGGAGGAAGCUUGUGGCUGUGGUGGGUUUUGUUUGUUUCGUUUCUGUUUUGAUUGUUUUGUUUGUGAGGUGGCAUCUCACUAUAUGUAGCUCUGGCUGGCUUGGAACUCUCAGAGUACUGGGGUCAAAGGUGUGUGCCACCACACCUGGGGCUGUGGUAGUGUUUAGAGAUGUGAUUGAGGGAGUACGUAGAAAUUACAUUUCUGUCACUAAUCCAUGAGCAACUCACAGUAUUGUUUGACGCCUUGGGGCUUUUGCUCCACUCUCAACUGUCUCUGUUUUUAACGAUGAAAAUAUCUGCACACGCGCUGCCCCUGCCAAAACGUACAUCCAAGCACAAUACAAAGUAGCAGGGGAGUGCGUGUUUGGAGUUAAGAGACAUAUGGCAGCAUGCUGAGGGUACCACACAACUGCUAGUAUCCAGUGGAGGUGGCUAACACUUGAGUCCUGAGUGCACAGUGGGAAGUAAAUGAAAUUAAGUCGUAUUUCAGGCAGUGGAUGUCCUUCAGUCAGCAGCAUGCUCACUCAAAGCUCUGUGGUCUAUCCCCAGCCCCACUUAGAGCCGGUCUGGUGGUGUAUAUCUUUAACCCCAACAUUCAAGAGGCAGAGGCAGGAGAAUCAGAAGUCCAAGACUGUUCUGAGCUACACAUUGAGUAUCCCACUCCUGGGUAUCAACUUCAAGGAGUGUCUUCAACAUUUAAGACCAUCUCAAAAACAAAGAAAGAAAAGAAAAAAGAAAAGAGAGGGAAAAAUGCAUUUCAGCAAAACAUGUACUAUGUCUUCCAAACUCUCUUCCUAAGGGAGAAAAUGAUUUAAAAAAAAAAACCUUUGAAUUUUGCAAAAUCUUUAGGAACAGCUCACCCAGGGAGUGCUCAUUUGAUGGUGUUAUCAUAAAGGGGAGAGAAAGAGAGAGAGAGAAAGAGAGAGAGAGAGAGAGAGAGAACAAACUCUUUUUGUAUCUUUGAGUUUCAUCUCAAAAUAUGCAUAGUUUUUUACAAAAAUAGGGACACAUUCUAUUUUAGUGUAGAUGUGGGUGUGUGUGUGCUGGGAAUCAAGCCCAAGGUCUUUACAAGAUAGCAAAUGUUCUUCUAUUGAGCUGCAGCCCCAGGCUAACUAGGGCCACAUUGAGAGACUCUCAUGUAACUCCUGCCUUUUUCAUUUCUUGGUGAAUUAGACACCUCCAUCCUCUGAGCACAGAUCCUUUUCAGCAUCUCUUCCAGUUCUGUUUGUAUAUAAUUACAGUUUGAUUCACAAUCAUCGAACGAUCUAGAUAGUUUCCCAUGUUUUACAAAUACAAAAAACAAAAAAACAAAAAACAAAAAAACAAAUACAGAUGACAAUAUGGCAUGUGUGCACUCACAAAUGUGCCAGUGUGCAUGUGGAAGUUAGAGGAUCACUUGUGGGAAAUGGUUCUCUUCUUCCACCAUGUGGAGGAUCAGGGCUGCUACUCAAGGCGUCAGGCUUGUUGGCAAGCACCGUCAUCCUCUGAACCACCUUCCAGCCCUGCUUUUGCUGGUGGUGGUGCUUUUUUUUUUUUUUUUUUUUUAAGAAGAAUCUACAUGGCCCUGGCUGUACUGGAACUCACUAUGCAAUCUAAGACGGCAUCAAAUUCACAGAGAUUCAAUGGUGUCUGCCUCCUGAGUGCUGGGAUUAAAAUUGAGCACACCACAGCAGGCUCCAGCUCUAGUUUUGAGAUUGGUCUUCAACUCUCUAUCCCAGGCUAGCCUAGAACUCACUGUGUAGCAGCCCAGGUUGGUAUCACACUCAUAGCAGUGACCCUGCCUCAGUCUCCCAAGUGCUGAGAUUAGAGAGAUUAGAGAUUACUCCCCCUCUAUGUGAGGGGCAGUCUCCCAUAGCCCAGAUCAGCCUUCACCUACUCCUGCUGCUCUACUUCUGAGCACUGGGAUCAAUUCUAUCCCCGUUCCUUUCCUUCCUGACCCCCCCAUGCCUCAGAAAUAGUUUUGUGUAUAUUUUAUGCAAAGUUAAAAUUAUCAUCAACAACAAAUUUUUACGAUUUUAUGUGCAUGAGUGUUUUGACUAUUAUAUGUAUGGAUGUGCACCAUAUGCAUGCAGCUAUGCAGUGUUCAUAAUCACGGUCAAAACAGAAAUAAAAUCAUACUGAGCAUGGUACCGUUCGCCUGUUAGGAGACAUUUCAUGAGUCUAACCAUCUCAGAAACAAGUUCCAUCUUGCUGGCAGGGCCAAAACUGAGUUCAUGUUCCCAGAUCCCAGAAUCAACUCCUAUCCUGCUUCUUCAGGUGUUUCAUGUCUGUGUGUUAACCAGUAAUGGAUAUAAAAAGGGGGUUUUGCCAUUAUCCCAUUAUCUAACUAAGGCAUGCAAAUAGUAAGUGUAUUUAUUUCCUGUCGUGAUUUAACGGACUACGUGCAGUUCCCUUAUCAUUCUAAAUGCCAGGUCAGAGUCCAGGAGGGGACUUGACUGCAAAAGCUGACUCAGGACAUUGAAACCAGGAUAAGGCACAACCACCAAUGUUAAACUUCCUUAACUCCUUGUGUCAAAAUAUGAUUAGUCACUGCAACAGCCCCUCCCCGCCCCCCUUUGUGUUCCCAUCCUGCAGUGCAGUCUCCCUUGGGGGACGAGGUUCAGAUCCAGAACUGGCUGCCCCAUACAGAAAAUGAAGCUUUCAUUUUGAAGCUUUUGUAUCUGAAGUGAGUUUACUUAGCUUCCUCCCCUCUCCAGAACCCAGUAAGCAGGGAGCUGAAACAGGAAGAUCAUUAGUUUGAAGCCAGCCUAGGCUUGACAAGACCCUGUCUCAAACCAACAAACAUGGGGUUAUUUGUGCCAGUGCUUCCAAAAGUAACUGUAGAGCCGAGAGGUUAAGGAAAAUGGUGGUAGUGGUAAUGUGUGUGUCUGGGUGGGUGUAACACGGGGAUCUCACUUUGUAGCCUUGACUGGACUGAGACUUUCUAAGUCUUCCAACUCCCAGGGAUCUCUGCUUGCUUCUACUUCUCACUAGCUUGAAUUAAAGGCGUGCACUACCACACCCAGAAAGGUGUGUGCUUCCAGUGCGGUUGAGAUUUGCUUUAACGCACAUAUUUUGUUGUUGAAAGUUUUAAUCAGUUACUCCAAAUCCGGGUUUUUAACAGCACAGGAAGAUGAAAGGGACCGUAACACAAACCAGACUGUUAACUUGGAAAAAACGGUCCCUACCCAACUAAUAAUGCGUACGUUUCCCAGAGUUCCUAGCAGCGCGGCUCAGAGGCAUUAUGGGAAUUGUAGUCCUACACCUCAGCGUCACAGCUCCGAGGACUCUGGGAACGGCCGCUCGCUCCACAAGGUGCACGCUUGCGCAAAAGCGCUAGCGCUCGCCCUUCCCCCACCUGCAGUCGCGAGUGGGUGACAAGAGCCCCCUUCUCCGCGAGCCUCGUGACCCGGAACCGCGAGUGGAGGCUAGACCCCUCCAGGAUGACCUGUCCUUUGGUGAAAAUGGGGUAUUGAAGCCUUCCACUGAGUGUGUGACGCUGUGCCUUUGUGCUUCUGUGCCUUCACCCCAACCCAGAAAAUGAUGGGGUCCCAGGAACUGUGUCAUUUCAGGGAUCCGUUUCAUUCACUGAUGUAACUGUGGACUUCACCCAGGAGGAGUGGGAGCAACUGGACCCCUCGCAGAGGAUUCUGUACAUGGAUGUAAUGCUGGAGAACUACAGCAACUUACUUUCAGUGGAAGUGUGGAAGGCUGAUGGCCAGGUGGAGAGGGACCCCAGAGACCUGCAGAGGCAGGUGGGGUCACUUACAACCAUCAAGAACCAACCACCAACUGAAGAAAGAGGCAGUCGUUUUGGAAAGACAUUAACUCUGAACACAGACUUUGUUUCAUUAAGACAAGUUCCCUAUAAAUAUGAUUUAUAUGAAAAAACUUUGAAGUACAAUUCAGACUUACUUAGCAGUAGAAACUGUGUAAGAAAGAAAGGAGACGGGUGUGGUGGAUUUGGGGAACCACUUCUGUACCUGAAGCAAGAGAAACCCCACGCUGGACUGGAAUACUCAGAAUAUAAUGGAAACGGAAGGGCUCUCAGCCAUAAGGAUGCCAUCUUUAAACAUCGGAAAAUUAAGAGCUUGGUUCAGCCUUUUGUCUGUAACUACUGUGACAAGACCUUCUCCUUCAAGUCGCUGCUCGUUAGCCACAAGCGGAUCCACACGGGCGAGAAGCCCUAUGAGUGUGAUGUGUGCCAGAAAACCUUCUCCCAUAAGGCCAACCUCAUCAAACAUCAGAGAAUUCACACCGGAGAGAAGCCCUUUGAAUGUCCCGAGUGUGGGAAGGCCUUUACCCACCAGUCAAACCUCAUCGUUCACCAGAGAGCGCACAUGGAGAAGAAGCCAUAUGGAUGCAGCGAGUGUGGGAAGACAUUCGCUCAGAAGUUUGAACUCACCACACACCAGAGGAUUCACACAGGAGAGCGGCCCUACGAGUGUAACGAAUGCGCAAAAACCUUCUUUAAGAAAUCAAACCUCAUCAUACAUCAGAAGAUUCACACGGGGGAGAAACGCUACGAGUGCAGCGAGUGCGGGAAGUCCUUCAUCCAGAACUCGCAGCUCAUCAUCCACAGGAGGACUCACACUGGGGAGAAGCCCUACGAGUGCACCGAGUGUGGCAAGACCUUCAGCCAGAGGUCAACGCUGAGGCUGCACCUGAGAAUCCACACGGGAGAGAAACCCUACGAGUGUGCGGAGUGUGGGAAAGCCUUCAGCAGGAAGUCUCGCCUCAGCGUCCACCAGAGGGUUCACAUGGCAUAGUCCUGAGGCUCAGGCAGGCUGCUGCAGAAAACCUGUCAGGCCAGAAUUCUUCAGUGAAGGGGGAAGCCCUCAUGAAGAUGCUGAAGGAACUUGGGAAAUUCUAUUGAGAUGUAAUCAAUCUCAAAAAAUUAAAAAAAAAAAAAGGAUACCUAAGAAUAUUAUACUGAGGGCUGGAGAGAUGGCUCGGCGGUUAAGAGCACUUCCGGAGGUCCUGAGUUCAGUUCCCAGCAACCACAUGGUGGCUCACAACCAUCUGUAAUGGGAUCCUAUGCCACCUUCUGGUGUCUGAAGAGAGAGACAGUGUACUCAUAUAAAAUAAAUAAUUUUUUAAAAAAAGAUUAUACUGAAAGUUAUAAUAUCCAGCUAAAGAGUACAUAUCCAAAUAUAUGUAUGUAUCUCAGUAUGUGUAUAUCCAGAUCAAUUGUAAAUAGACAUACCCAGCUCUGUUUCCAUGAGUGUUUUUGGCUUUUUGUGCUUCUGGGGAUCAAAUCUGGGGUCUUAUCUGUGCCAGACAAGAUGCUUUCUUUUUUUAAAACCACUGAUCUAUA